AUGUCGUCGACGGAGUUGUACGUGAAGGAUGCCCGUGUGUGGAUUCCCCACCCGGAGACGGUGUGGGAGGGAGCCGUGGUGGCACAGGAUUACCGGCAGGAUGAUAAAGAGCUCCAGCUGGUCACCGAUCGGGGUGUGCCGCAUACGGUGAAGCUGCAGGGUACGCAGGAUCUUCCACCAUUACGCAACCCAACGAUUCUGAUCGGGCAGAAUGAUCUCACGGCGUUGUCCUAUCUGCACGAGCCUGACGUGCUGUAUAACCUCGAGGUGCGGUUCUGUGAUCGACAAGCGAUCUACACCUAUUGCGGAAUCGUCCUGGUGGCCAUCAAUCCGUAUGCCGAGUUACCGUUAUAUGGACCGGAUCUUAUUCGAGCUUACCGGGGUCAUGCGAUGGGUGAGCUGGAGCCGCACAUUUUCGCUGUCUCGGAAGAAGCGUACGCGAAACUGGAACGUGAAAAGUGCGACAUCAGCAUCAUCGUGAGCGGAGAAUCGGGUGCCGGAAAAACGGUUUCAGCAAAGUACGCCAUGCGAUACUUUGCCGCUGUUGGUGGCAGCGAAUCGGAGACGCAAAUCGAGAAGAAGGUCCUGGCGAGCAGCCCGAUCAUGGAGGCGAUUGGAAAUGCGAAGACGACGCGCAACGACAACAGCUCACGGUUUGGGAAGUUCACUAAGCUGCUGUUUUUGAACAACCACUCAAUGGCGCUAACCGGAGGCACUAUGCAGACGUACCUACUCGAGAAGUCGAGGGUUGUGUUUCAGGCACCUGGUGAACGGAAUUAUCACAUCUUUUACCAACUGUGCGCUGGCCGGGAUCAGUGGCCAGAGUUGAUGCUGGACCAUCAGGACAAGUUUCACUUUCUCAAUCAGGGCGAAUCGCCAAACAUCAGCAAGCUAUCGGAUCGGGACCAGUUCCAGGACACACUGGGGGCACUGAAAACGCUCGGUUUCGACGAUGGUGAGGUGGGUGAUAUCAUGAAGGUGGUCGCAUCGGUGCUGCACCUGGGAAAUGUCGUGUUCACGCACCGGCAAAAGAGCCAAUCGCAGGAGGUGGACAGUGAGGCGUGUUCGAUCGCAAGCAACGAUCUGCAUCUAAACGUGGCGUGCGAUAUCCUGCAGCUGGAUCGGGCGGAGCUGCGUAAAUGGCUCGUAACGAGGCAGAUCGAAUCGAUGAAUGAUAGCGUGCUGAUUCCGAUGAACAAGCAGACAGCAGAAGCAACCAGGGACGCGCUGGCGAAGCACAUCUAUGCGGAGUUGUUUCAGCACAUUGUGCAGAAGAUUAACCGGAACCUGGCGGGGAGCAAAAAGCAAACCUGCUGCUUCAUAGGUGUACUGGACAUUUACGGAUUCGAAACGUUUGAUGUGAAUUCAUUCGAGCAGUUCUGCAUCAACUACGCGAACGAGAAACUGCAGCAGCAGUUCAACCAGCACGUGUUCAAGCUAGAACAGGAGCAGUAUCUGCGCGAAGGGAUCGAGUGGAAAAUGAUCGACUUCUACGACAAUCAGCCGUGCAUCGAUCUGAUUGAGUCGAAGCUUGGCAUCCUGGAUCUGCUUGACGAGGAAUGUCGGAUGCCAUGCGGUAGCGACGAAUCGUGGGUUGGCAAGCUGAUGGAGAAGUGCGGCAAGUACAAGCACUUCGAUCGGCCACGGUUUGGUACGAGUGCGUUCCUGAUCAAGCACUUCUCCGACACGGUGCAGUACGAGUCGCGUGGCUUUCUCGAAAAGAAUCGCGACACCGUUUCGCGGGAGCUGGUCCGCGUGCUGCAGGCGUCUGAGAUGCGCCUAUGCCGUAGGUUAAUGCUCGCCCACGAGGAGGGCCAUUCGGACGCGGAUGCGAAAACCCCGACUUCGGGGGUAAAGAUUAUGGUCAGUGCUACCAGAAGUCAGCCGAUGACUCAAAAGCAGCAGCGUAAAACGGUUGGCUCGCAGUUUCGCGAAAGUUUGACUCAGCUGAUAACAACCCUACACAACACGACCCCACAUUACGUGCGCUGUAUCAAGCCAAACGAUGACAAGGCACCGUUCAAAUGGGAGGCCCCAAAAAUCGUGCAACAGCUGCGAGCUUGUGGCGUGCUGGAAACGGUACGGAUUUCCGCCGCCGGUUUUCCAUCCCGUUGGUCGUACGAAGACUUCUAUGAACGGUACAGGUUGCUGUGCAAACGGUUGCAGAUUGUCGAUUGGAACGUGAAAGCAACCUGCACAAACAUCGUGCGAAAUUGGCUGCAAGAUCCGGACAAGUACCGGCUGGGCAAAACGCAAAUUUUCUUCCGCGCUGGCCAGGUGGCCUAUUUGGAGCAGCUGCGCAGUGACACCCGGAAAAAGCACAUCAUCGUGGUGCAGUCGCUAAUACGACGGUUCAUAUGCCGGCGACGAUAUCUACGGUUGAAGCGAACUGCGCUUGGACUUCAGCGACACGCACGUGGGAUGCUGGCGAGAAAACGUGCGGAUAGUUUGCGACAGAACAGAGCGGCCAUCAUCAUCCAGCGGUACACACGUGGCUGGUUGCGACGCAAGAAGUAUGUGCAAGUUCGCAAGGCGGUUCUGGGGUUGCAAACACGUGCUCGCGGAUUUAUGGCCCGGCGGAAGUACCAUGAAGUGCUGAACAACUAUAAAGCCACUCAGAUUCAGCGCAUCUGCCGAGGAUACCUGGCACGGCGUCGGUAUCGCGCUCGACUGGACAACAUCAUCAAAUGUCAGGCAGCCGUGCGACGUUUCCUGGCACGUCGUGCUUACAAGAAGCUGAAGGCUGAAGCUCGCACCGUCGCACACAUCCAGAAGAUGUACAAGGGCUUGGAGAACAAGAUCAUCGAGCUGCAGCAGAGGUACGAUGUGUUGGCGAAGGAAAACUCCGCUCUAAAGAAGCAGAAUAUUGAGGUGGUGGAAAUGCGCAAGAAGCUCGAAGGCAUGAAACGUAUGGAAAAUGAGCUCAAACAUCUGCAGCUGCAGCUCAGCCAGAAGGACGAGAGCUUGAUGCAAGCUAUCAGGCAGCUCGAGGGUGAACGUGACGAAAAGAUGCAAUUACUGGAGGAGAAACAGCGCGAGGACGAGGAACGCCAUCGCGAACGAGCCGUGUUCGAACAGGAGCUUACGAAGGUGCGCCGUGAAGUGACGGAAAUAACGGCCGUGAAUCAGAUCGAGCAUGCCCGACGAGUAACACAGGCAGACAAUGAGGAUGUUCACGCCGCGUACCAACGCACGGUGAAGGACAAGGAUGCGCUGGAAAACGAGAACGUGGCUCUUCGGCAGGAAGUCCGACGGUUGCAGCGCAUUAUGUCGGACUCGCAUGAGCUGAAAACUCAUUCGCGCUCCGUCAGCAAUGCGUCCAGCACCAAUGAGGAGGACUACGGUUACACCUCCGGCCGGAACACGCUGGACAUACGGCACCCUUCGGAUACGACUGUAGGCGAAUCGCUGGAGAAAGACCAAACGGCCAUCAUCUUACGAAUGCGAAAGUUGUUUGAGGAGGAGAAAUCUAAGAGCGAUCAACUGCGCAAGGAACUGACCCGGCUCAAGAAGUCCUCGAGCAUCAGCACGGAGGACUCGAUCCGAGCGUCCGAGCUGGAAGUGGAGAAUGAAAAGCUCCGCCAGGACUAUAACCUUCUACGAAACAGCAUCAAACGUGGUGUGGAGUCGCGUGAAAUGGAAGCACAGUACGGUGCCAUGCAGGAGGAGCUGAAGCGUCGGCGAGAAGAAUGCAUUUCAUUAAAGGCCGUCCUAGCGCAGCAGAGCCAAUCACUGCGGUCACUUGGCCAAGCUGCAAAUGGCGAGACGAGCCUGCGAAUACACGAUGAAGGUGAGCUGAUGGAAGCAUUCCAGGCGCAGAAGUUGGUCAAUCGCCAGCUGGAAUCGGAGCUCCGUGCUAUUACGGAUGCGAACAAUGAAACGCUGGUUGAAAACAAUCGUAUCAUCGACGGGUUGAAGGUGGAAAAUGGAGAGUUGCAUACGAUUCUGCAACAGCACGUGGAAGAGAACGAUGAAGAGGCGAAUGUGGAGACGAUGAAACAGAACGAGCAGUAUUUGCGACACGAGUUGCGUAAGUCCACUGCCGGCUACGUGGAACUACAGGAGCAGCUGAAUGAGUUGCUGGCAAAGAACAACGAACUGCUUAAGAAGAAUAACAUCCUUUCGAAUCGAUUGCGCGAUCACGGGCUGAACGAUUCCAUCUUGAUGAACGACGAGUUCAACAGCAUGGUGGCUGUGGUGAAAAAGCAGACGCAAUCCUUGCAAGGAAUUCUGAAGUCGCGUCAGGAGGACGUGAACAAAAUCAUGCAACGGUUGGUGACGGAUCUGAAGCCCCGCGUUGCCGUGACCCUCGCUCCAAGCUUGCCGGCUUACGUGGUUUUCAUGUGCAUCCGCUACACGGAUCUAGUCAAUAUGGAUAAGCACGUUUGUUCGUUGUUGACGCGAUUUGUGCAGAUAAUGAAGAAGCUCUACCGUGAAGCGAAUUCGGUCGAAGUGCGCGUCAUGUGGCUCGCGAAUACGCUAACGUUGCAAAAUCUUAUGAAGCAAUUUGGCGGUUACAAGGAAUUCAUGCAGUUUAACACGGACGUACAGAACGCGCAGCAGUUGAAAAACUUUGACCUUUCCGAGUAUCGGCAAGUCAUCUACGAAACGAUCAUUUCCAUGCACGGCGUUUUGAUACGGCAGAUACAGGAGAGCCUGAAGCAGUACAUCGUGCCCGCGAUCCUGCUUCACGAUGAGAUGGCACGAGGGAAGAGUCGACGCACGAUGUCACUGGACAUGUCGCCGGAUCAGGGCCACUCGGAACCGGAGCUGUUGGUGCAACAGCUGGACUGUUUGUACAAUCACCUGAACAGUUUUGGGUUGGAUAGUUUCUACAUCGAGCAGAUUUUCAACCAAUUGAUGUACUACAUCUGUGCUGUUUCGAUGAACAAUUUGAUGCUGCGUGGAGACCUGUGCAUGUGGAAGACCGGCAUGAAGUUGCGAUUUAAUAUGAGUUGCCUGGAGGGUUGGGUACGCUCGAUUAAGAUGAAUCCGAACGUGAUGGUGCCGUUCCUACCGCUGAACCAAAUCUCGUCGAUUCUACAAUCCCGAAAGACGGAGGAGGAUGUGCCCUCGCUUCUCGAGUUAAGCACGGCUCUAUCGACGGCGCAGGUGUUGAAGAUUAUCAAAUCCUACAAGACGGAUGAUUGCGAAACCGAAAUCAAGCCGGCGUUCAUCGAGCGGUUGACCCAGCAGCUGAGUUUGCGGUCGGAGCAGCCCGAAUCGGACACGUACAUGAUGGACGAGGAGCUGGUUAGUCCGCUGGUGGUGCUGUACAAGUAUAGCGAGGUCAACCUGCAGGAAAUUGACAUUCCGCCCGAGCUGAAUCUGGAACGAUUGGUUACCAAGAUCUAA